AAUCGCCCAGCAGCCAUUCGGUCAACUUAAUCGCGAAGCCUUAUCCAUCGCCACUACCUUUGCGACCGACAAGACCAACCGCAAACAUGGCUACCGAGUUGACCGUCCAGUCCGAGAGGGCUUUCCAGAAGCAGCCUCACGUCUCUCUGGUUACCAAGAGCAAGACCAAGCGUCCUGGCAAGGGUGGCCGCCGGUGGUACAAGGAUGUUGGCCUGGGUUUCCGUACCCCCAAGGCUGCCAUUGAGGGCCAGUAUAUCGACAAGAAGUGCCCCUUCACUGGUCUCGUCUCGAUCCGUGGCCGUAUCCUGACCGGCACCGUCGUCUCCACCAAGAUGCACCGUACCAUCAUCAUCCGCCGCGAGUAUCUCCACUUCAUCCCCAAGUACUCCCGUUAUGAGAAGCGACACAAGAACCUGGCCGCCCACGUCUCCCCAGCUUUCCGUGUUGAGGAGGGUGACCAGGUCACCGUCGGACAGUGCCGACCUCUGAGCAAGACUGUCCGAUUCAACGUCCUCCGUGUGCUGCCUCGCACCGGCAAGGCCGUCAAGUCGUUCGCCAAGUUCUAAGGUGGGACACGGAACGGGUGGAGUUUCCUCUGGCAUUUCUGGCGUCGAUUGCUUGAUGGUUUUUAAACAAGAAAUGGGCGGCGGAUCAAGGGCGAACUGCAAAAACAAAAAAAGGACAUCAGGUUGCCCUAGAGCAGUUUGGAAUGAAAAGAAGUUCGGCAUACCCGUGGCCUCUUGACGACGAACGAAUAUGCGAAGGUCAUGUGUGAUAUUGCCGAGGAAAGCGGAUUCGAGGUUUCCGUCAAUCAAAGAAACAAUCUCAACCCACAUGUGGCUUGCUCUGUGACUGUUAGAUAAUGAUGGACGAUUUUUCACCUC